UUUUUUUUACGUAGGGUUUGGGGAAAAAAGUCAUGAUCUGUCAAAAGUACAUGUAACUGCAAAUGUGAGUAAAAGUAAAAAGCGGUCAAAACGUCACUUUAAAAAAAUAUCAUCAUACAGUUUGUUUACUUACAAAGAAUUUGUACUUCCUUAAUUCCCACCACACAGCGGGAAACAAAAUCCAGGCGUCUGUUAUCCCUGCUGAAAACAUUAAUAACAAAUUUUAAAAAUUGAUACUUUUGACCCCCCGCCCCAAUCCCCAUUGCUGUUGCUUUGUCCCCCUGCUCCCUCUCCACACACCAACUUUACAUUGAAGCGCACCCCCUCAAGACAACAAUCCCCAUUGUUGCGUUUGACUGUCAACAUCAGAUAACAAAUAACAGACGACACCCAUCACUUUUGUCAUCAUUGCUCUGCGUGGAUCACAACUACUAGUGUGGGAUCUUAUUGUGCAGGGUGGGCAAAAAGAAGUGGUACUCUUCUCAAAAAAACUUUUUUUUUUUUAAUUUGAGGGAAGGAAGGCAGAAAAGCAAGUGUAAGGCUAAACAAUGAAUCACAUUGACAAAGAAUACACUUUUCAAAUGUGAACAGCUGCAAUUUGGAAAUAGGAAAUAAAAGGGGCUUUAUGUUUUCAUCUGUGUAUAUUUCAUUUAUUUAUUAGUGUCUGGAUAAGAUGCAUGCAUAAGAAAUGCGGUGCAAAUCUUUACAAAUCAUCGUUUCAGAAAACAUGAAAAGUAUAGGCGAUGACACAGCCGCGCAUUUGUUUGCGCGAUUGUUGUCAUCUGAUUUAUGACUAACUGACUUGUGUUACGCCACGCGUUUCUUUGGUUCAAGUUGUCGUCGUGAAUGCUUAAAAGACUCCAAGUGCUCGGUCGGUUAACAACUGUAAUUGCAUCGAAUUCGAGACCUAAACUUGUUUGGUUGCCUUUCUUUUAGCGGAAGCCGAACUUAUCAAGCUAAAAUGCAUCAAUGUAUUUGUUGGAAAAAAAAAAUCCAUGUGAAGAGGACAUUGAAAAAAAUAAUCACCUAUUAAAUCUCACUUGCAGGAUUGAGGGUGGGGCGGGGGGAUGUCAUUCAGUUGUUUUUCAAAAUUGGUCAGCCCUUGUAAGCAGUAGAAGGAAGGAGGAUGUAUGAAUAAUUUUCUGCACACUCAAAGCUGAUUCCACCAAGCCCAACAAACGGUCUCCACCAGACUUGUGUCUCCAUCUUCCCGCCGUCCGUCAUGAUCAUCGAGGACAAAGCGAGUCCGGCGGAGGUGGCGCCGCUCUGCUUGGCCAAGCAGUCGCUGCCCGAGCGUCAGGAAUACGCCGAGCUACCGUCCUGCACGGCGCUGGGCCGGCCACUGAGUCCGGCGGCCCACCCGGAUGAGAGGCCGGAGGCCUUGAGGAAGUCGCAGGGUGCCCUGGUGUUUGUCCGCUCCAAAAUAAAGGUGACCACCGGCGAAUUGCUGUCCGACCCCGACCUUCAUCUUACAACCUUGAACCCGCUGAUGCUGCCGCACGCCGCCGAGACACCCGUUGCCGUGACCACAGUGUCCACCCCUACCGGGUUUGCCUCCUCGGUUGUACGAUCGCCGAGUCAGACCUCCGUGAGCGGGACGGCUCCGCCUUACGCAUGUCAGCUUUGCCACAAGACGUUCCAGUACCAGCGCAUGUUAAACAGACACAUGAAGUGUCACAACGAGACCAAGCGCCACCCGUGCAGCUUCUGCGGUAAAGGAUUCAACGAUACCUUUGACCUCAAGAGACAUGUGCGCACGCACACAGGAGUGCGGCCGUACAAGUGUGAGCUGUGCGACAAGGCCUUCACGCAGCGCUGCUCGCUGGAGUCCCACAUGAAGAAGAUCCACAGCGUGACGCUGCAGUACGCCUACAAGGAGCGCCGCAACAAGCUCUACGUGUGCGAGGAGUGCGGACACACGGCGGCCACCCAGGACGAGCUGCUGCUGCACCUGCACUCCAUGCACCCCGACAGUGCCCUCUUGAAGGGCAAGGGGGCACGGCGGGGGGUUGGGGGAGGGGACGGCGAGUCCACACCAGGCUCCCCGCAAGGAGCCGAUAGUGACGACACCACCGGAUCAGCAGGCCAGUGAUGUGAGGACAAGGAGCCAAAAGGACUCAUUGCAAUGUGUGUGUGUGUGUGUGUGUGUGCGUGUGUGUGUGCGCGUGUGCGCGCACGUGUGCAUUAUGUAUAAUAUGCGUAUGAAAAGCACAACAAGCAGUUUGAUUUCUCCAUGGGAUUCGCCUGGGAUUACCUAUAAACAUAUUUUUACACUUUUUUACUGCAUGUGAAUAUGACCCGCGGGACUUAUUAUAAGGCAACUUAAGAAUUUUCUAUGAAAAAAAAAAACUUUAUUGAUUAAAAGGGACAUUUAAAUGAAAUCACAA